AUGGAAGCGUAAGUUUGUUUUCAAUUUUUUAAAAAUAACAAUUCUUGCCCAAAAUAGGAAAAGUGCACACCCCAAAAAAUCAUACUACGAACAAUUCAACGAUCAAAAGAUCAAAAUAUUUUUUAUGAUCAUAGAAAAAAGUUUAACCUUUCGACACAAAUCAUCUCUCGAUUUUUUGUUGUAUUCUUUCUUCUUUUUCUUCUUUCAGAAGAAUUGAAUCAAUCGCCAUUUUUUUUCUCGUCGCACUUUUUCUCUCGAAACUCUCUCAAUUUCUAGUUGUAUUUUCGGAGAUUCUCAAAAAACUAGCGCUUUUUGCACGUACUUCGGAGCAAGAGAAAAAUGUCUUCCUAUUUUUCUUGUUUUAUUUUUUUUUUGGAACUUUUUUGAUUUUGAUGCCCAAAAAGAAAUAUUGGACAAACCUAUAGUAUUAACUUAGAAAUGAAUUCCUUUUUGCAGAAUGGCUGAUACAAUCAAGGAAGUUUUCGCUGAAAUCUCUCCAGCUGUGGAGAGUUCGCAUGGAAAAGUUACUGUUGUUGGAGUUGGUCAAGUCGGUAUGGCUUGUGCCUAUUCAAUUCUUCAACAAGUUAGUUUUCUCUCAACAUUAGAAAAAAAAUAUAUCAAUAACCAUUUAGAACAUUGCCAACGAACUUUGCCUUGUCGAUGUUGUUGCUGACAAGCUCAAAGGAGAAAUGAUGGAUCUUCAACACGGUUUGGCUUUCACCAGACAUUGUGUCGUCAAAGCUGAUACCGAUUAUUCGAUUACCGCUGGAUCGAAAUUGUGUGUUGUGACAGCUGGAGCUCGUCAACGCGAAGGAGAAACACGUCUUUCAUUGGUUCAAAGAAACGUCGAAAUCUUCAAAGGAAUCAUUCCAAAACUUGUUCAAUAUUCACCAGAUACUUGCAUCUUGGUUGUCUCAAACCCAGUUGAUGUUUUGACUUAUGUCACAUGGAAAUUGUCUGGUCUUCCAAGAGAACGUGUAUUCGGAUCGGGAACCAAUUUGGAUUCGGCUAGAUUCAGAUUCUUGUUGUCCGAAAAAUUGAAUAUUGCUCCAUCGAGUUGUCACGGAUGGAUUAUUGGAGAACACGGAGAUUCAAGUGGUAAGUUUGCUCUUUGCACUAACAGGGAAACACUUUUUUAGAGAUUAUGAAUGAAUGACAGUUCCCACAAAAUAAUAUGAUAAAAAAGUUCAAAAAAUCAAAUUUACUAAUUUACAGUUGCUGUUUGGUCUGGAGUCAAUGUUGCUGGUGUCACUCUUCACGAUGUAAAACCAGAUAUCGGAUCAAAAACUGACGAAGAACAUUGGGAAGCUGAAGUUCAUAAGAAAGUAGUUGACAGUGCUUAUGAAAUCAUUAAACUGAAGGGAUAUACAUCUUGGGCAAUUGGAUUGUCAGUCGCUAAAAUCGCGCAAGGAAUCUUCAGUAAUUCAAGAAACGUCUACGCGCUUUCAACAAAUGUCAAAGGAUUCCAUGGAAUCACUGAUGAUGUCUAUCUUUCACUUCCAGUUGUAUUGGGAUCAUCUGGUUUGACACAUGUUGUCAAACAAAAUUUGACCGAAGGCGAAGUUGCAAAACUUCAUGGAUCAGCAAAGGCUUUGCUUGAAGUUCAAAAUGGAAUCAUUAUGUAA